AUGGCGGCGGCUCUCCCCUAUGCGUCGCGCUCGAAUGGCGCCAGCAGCUCCAAUGUCUCGCUGCCUCAUCACCGCCGAACUUCUCUUUCUUCGUUUCCUCCGUCCCGCUCUCCGUCGCAAAUGUCCUUCCAUUCGCGCCCAUCAAGGUCGCCGCACCCGCCCAUGGCCGAUACAGACCGGACUUCGGACCCGAGCUCCAAGUCCAAGGCGUCUUCCAUCGGGCCAUCUUCACAGCAUUCGUCUCUGUCGGCAGUGCGCCGAACCAAUGAAGAUUCACAGCCGCAGAGGAGGCUCCGCGCACAGUAUCCUCGCGGGUCUGACGCCAACCAUGUCGAGUAUAUCCUGGUGGCGUCGUUUGAUAUUGACCGCGGCCCGGUUAUGGAGCACCAGUACCCUGUCGCCAUCACUGGAGACGAGAACAUGUUGGCCGAAUUGAUGCUUCCAGACCAGGCUCACGCCCGUAACCAGGAUUGGACCAUGUUUUUCCUGCACAAGGACUCUUCGCCAGAGGAUGAAGACGAAGAACGCAAGCAAAAGGCUAGGAGGAAAGCUCGGAGGCAGAGACGGCGGGAUAAAGCGGCGGGGCUGGUUCCUGAGGAUGGAGCAGAAGGCGGGGCUGGUGAAGAAGAUGAAGAUGAGGACGACGAGGGGGACGACGACCUGGAUGAAGACUUGGAUGACGACGAAUCCUCAGAUGAUGAACCUGAUGGCUUGGAGGGCCCGCCGCUCAUCUACGUACUCAACUUGGUAAAUACCAAGCACGACAAAACUGUGAAACGAGGAGCUAUUGUAAAGGCCAUGGCAAUUUGCACAAGACACCCUUUCUUGCAUAUAUACAAGACUCUUUCCAUGUUAUACGACUCCGUCAAUGCGAUGGACUUGUCUCUUAUGCCCAGAUUGAGCUUGCUCGAGAGGAACCUGCUACUAGCGAGCGACAACAAGGAUCUGUUUGUGGAAAAGUUCGAGCGCAUUAUCCAGAUGCGCAUGGCAGAAGACAGGGCAGAGACCGCUACUGAGGGGUCUGGCGAGAGGAGUCAAAGCCCGCAAUUCACCGGCGGCAUCUCGAGGGCUGGCACCAAGGCGCACGUCGAGGGCGGCGGGCAGUCGACGUACUCUGUGGCCCGAGAUACCCACGAGUUUGAGAGCAAAGUCAUGUACAAGGGCAUCCCCAUCCCUAUCAAAGUGCCCACCGCGGUCAUGCCUGAGACUGUAGGAGACUUUUCGCUUAUCAAACUGAUUCAAAACUUUUCCGAGGCCCAUGCCAAGUCGCCGCAGCCGUUUCCACUGCACCCGCAUCUGACGACCAACGGGGUCAAUACGCACCCAAUCAUUGUACUGAUGAAUGGGCUCCUCACGCAGAAGAGAAUCAUCUUUCUGGGCCACAACAUGCCUUCAGGAGACGUAGCCGAGGCAGUGCUGGCGGCAUGUGCUCUCGUGUCCGGCGGCAUCCUCCGGGGGUUUACCAGACAUGCAUUUCCCUACACCGACUUGACCAAGGUCGACGAUCUGCUCAACGUGCCAGGGUUCAUAGCAGGCGUUACCAACCCUACAUUUGAGCUCCAUCCGGAAUGGUGGGACGUCCUAUGCGACUUGCCUAGUGGCCGCGUCAAGAUCAGUAGCAAGAUUGAGAUGGCGCCGGUUACUGAAGGGCUGAUUUACUUUCAGCAGCAGCACCCCAACCUCGCCAACACUGCUAGCGGCGUCUCCAACAAUGUGCAGGACUUGACGGGGGACGCGGCCUUUAUGACAGAUAUUCUUAGGAGUAUUGCUGCCAGACAUGGCGAGCGAGUUAUCCGAGCAAAGUGGCGCGGCUGGGUCAACAAGUUUACGAGGAUUGCUGCCCAGUUUGAAGAGAGCGUGUACAACGCAUCUGCUCUGUAUAUUGGGGGCCAGGACCAAGACCUGGCGCUGCCGGGAGCCAGUGGCCAUGGGUACGUAUGGGCAGACGAUACUGCAAAGUUUAAGGAGCUGGCCGGCAACGUGACGAGGAUUGAAGGGUGGCGUAAUACACGCAGUUACUACAGCUAUAUCCAGGAUCUUGCAAGAAUAUACACCUUCCGCCCUCUCAAGGGGCUGGACCUAGCCCACAUGCACGACCGUCUUCGCAUGCAGCGCCUGACACCAGCGCAGAGCAAGGAUAUCUAUCUGACAUUAUCCAAGCAUAUCCAUUCGUAUGAAGAGAUUUGCCUGCUGCUUGACGUGGCACCCGAGUCGCACGCCGGGCUCUUUUACGUUGCACUCGGUCUCUUCCACAAGGACCGCGAGGUGCGCUUGAAGACGGCUGAUCUGCUGGAGCGAAUUUCUGAGCAUGAAGCUGGGCAGCACUGGUGGAAGAGCCUCAGUCAGUUUGAGAAGCUGGCGUAUGCGCGGAUCCGGCGCGAGGCUGAAGCGGAGGUGAAGACGAAGCUGGAGAAGGAAGGGCUGGUUCUCAGUCCUGUUAUGGAGAAGAUGAUGAGCUAA